AUGCAGAGUCCGUCGUGUCGGGGACGAACCCUCUCGGAGGAGCAGUUCUCCUGCUCCAUCUGUCUGGAUGUGUUUGUGGAACCCGUCUCGACCCCAUGUGGGCACAGCUUCUGUAAGGCGUGUCUGCAGGGUUUCUGGGACCACAGUAAUAAGAUCCUGUGCCCCAUGUGUAAGAAGAGCUUCUCCAAAAAACCCGAGCUGUGCGUGAACCGGGUCCUGGCCGAGAUCGCCGAGCAGUUCCAGGGCCUGUCCGUGGCCCCCGCGGGGGACGCAGGGGCCGAAGGUGGGGUCUCCAUGAGCCCUGCCCGCAGAGACAACGAAACCGGGGAUUUCGCCAAAGCUGGGGACGUACCCUGCGACGCCUGCAUCGGGAGGAAGAUGAAGGCUCUGAAGUCGUGCCUGAACUGCCCCGGGUCGUUCUGCCACGCCCACCUGCGCCACCAUAAGAAGACCAAGAACACCGCCAAGCACAAGCUGGUGGAACCCGUGCACCACCUGGAGGAGAAGCUCUGCAGGAAGCAUGAGCGCCUUCUGGAGGCCUACUGCAGGAACGACCACGCGUGUGUGUGCCGCGAGUGCGCCGACAGCAGCCACAAAAACCACGACAUCAUCUCCAUAGAGAAGGAGUACAAGAAGAUCGCGAGUCACCUGGGACAGAGACGCUCCGAAAUGAAACAUCUGAUCAAAGAACGAACCAAGAAACUGGAGGAGAUCAAACAGUCCAUGAGAGUCAUCAAGGCGAGCGGUCAGCGUGAGAUCGAGGAGAGCUGGAUGAUUUACGCUGAGCUACAGAAGAUGUUAGAACAGAGUCAGGCUCAGCUGGUGGAGAACAUCACCUUCAGACAGAAACAGGCCGAAGAACACGCUCGAGAACUCACCGGCCGUCUGGAACACGAGCUGAACCUCCUGAAGAACCGCAGCAGUGACCUGGAUGCUCUCGCUCACACCCAGGAUAAAGUUCACUUCCUACAGUUGGUGCCCACCCUACCACCCCCACCUGAACCUACAGACUGGUCAGGCAUAUCGGUCAAUACAGAUCUGUACGUGGGAACCAUCAGGAAAUCGGUAUGUUCUCUCGCCGAUCGCUUCCAGGAGGAGGUGCAGAGACUCUACAGGAAAGAACUCCGAAAGAUGCAGAAUUAUGCGAGUGAGGUGUUUCUGGACCCGAAGACCGCCCAGAAGAACCUGGUCAUUUCAGACGACGGCCGCCAGGUUCAUUUCGAGGAAAACCGUAAAUCCUCGUCCUCUCAGUCAGACGGUCCUCAGCGCUUUAACCCGGCUCUGUUCACGCUGGCCCGCGAGGGACUCUCCUCCGGCCAGCACUACUGGGAGGUGGAGGUGGGCCGGAAGUCGGCCUGGACUUUGGGCGUGGCUCGGGCGUCGGCUCGGCGUAAGGGAGACAUCAGGCUGAGUCCUGAAGGAGGGUUCUGGUGCUUGUGGUUGAAGAACAAUGAGGUGAAAGCUUUGGCGUCUGCCAGGAUCCCUCUCCAGAUCUCCAGCCUGCCCCAGAAGGUGGGCAUCUACCUGGAUCACGAGGGCGGGCAGGUGUCCUUUUAUGACAUAAAGGCUCAGACCCACCUGUACACCUUCAUGGAUACAUUCGGGGAGAGCGUGUUCCCCAUCUUCAGCCCGUGUGGUCAGGAGGGGAUGAACACAGGAGCACUGGUCAUUACGCCCGUCAAAAGAAGGGGUGGAGCUGAUAUUUUUGGGAGGACGGGGGGUCAGCUGUGCCUCAUGUCACUGGUAUUUACAGAACAGAAAGUGUUUAGAGAGAGAAUAGAGCCGCUGCUGCCUGGAAUGGCUUCAUCUAACAACAUGCUGGCAGAAGAACAAGUCCACUGUUCCAUCUGCCUGGACGUCUUCACCAACCCCGUGUCCAUCCCGUGUGGUCAUAACUUCUGCAUGUCCUGUAUCUGCAGCUACUGGAAGACCAGCGCGCUCUUCAUCUGCCCCAUGUGCAAGAAAACCUUCUUCAAGAAACCCGACAUCAGCAUCAACACGGUGCUGCGCGAGAUCGCCGAGCAGUUCAAAGAGAUGAGAGCCAAACCCACCCUGAGUGCACAGAAGCUCCACCAGCACCAGCACCAACCCCAGAAGCUUCCUGAGAACCUACCUACAGAGGUCCCGGAGCUGAUCCCGGCCGGCGGGGCGUCGCUGAACGAGGGCGUGAGGUGUGACGUCUGUACCGGACCUCAGAACCCAGCCGUGAAGUCCUGCCUGGUCUGCCUGACCUCCUACUGUGAGGAACAUCUGAAGACCCACACGGCCAGGUUCACAAAACACAAGCUGAUGGAGCCGGUGCAGAACCUGGAGGAGCGCAUGUGCACCAAGCAUGAGCGUCUGCUGGAGCUCUUCUGUAAGAAGGACCAGGUCAUGGUGUGUGUGCUCUGUACCGAGAUGGACCACCGCGCCCACUACACCGUACCUGUGGAGCGAGAGUGGGCCGAGAAGAAGGCUCUGUUGAGGAAAACUGAAGCUGAAGUUCAGCAGAUGAUCCAGGAGCGACUGAACAAGGUGGAGGACGUCAGACAGUCGGUGGAACUCAAUAAACAAAGUGCCGAGAGGGAGAUCGAGGAGAGCGUGCAGGUCUUCUCCAGCCUGGUCCGGACGGUGCAGAAGGUCCAGGCCGAGCUGGUCCUCAGCAUCGAGGAGAAACAGAGAGAGACGGAACGCUGGGCUCAGGAACUCAUCCAGGACCUGGAGCAGGAGAUCUCCGUGUUACAGAGCAGGAACAGUGAGCUGGAACAUCUGGCUCACACCGACGACCACAUCUACUUCCUUCAGAACUUUCCAUCUCUGAUCACUCAUCCUCACGUCAAGGACUGGUCUGGAACCAAAGUUCACGCAGAUCAGAGUGUAGGAACCAUCAGGAGAGCCGUAUCCAGACUGGAGGAGACCCUCACCGAGGAGAUGGAGAAACUCAUCGCUUCUGAGCUGAAGAAGGUCCUGAAGUACUCAGUGGACGUGACCCUUGACCCUGACACGGCUAAUCCCUGGCUCCAGCUCUCCGAGGACAGGCGGCAGGUGCGCCACCUGGGGGCGUGGCAGGACCUGCCCGACACACCCGAACGCUUCGAUACGGUCGUCAUCACUCUGGCUCGUGAAGGCUUCACCUCCGGACGCCAUUACUGGGAGGUGCAGGUGGGCGAGAAGGACGACUGGUACCUGGGCGUGGCACAAGAGUCCGUCAACAGGAAGGGGCGGAUCGCCGUCAGCACCGCUCACGGCUACUGGGCGCUGGCCAUGAAGAAGGGUCAGGAGUACCGGGUGUCGUCGUCGCCGCCCCUCGUCCUGCCCGGGGUGCCCAGGCUGAGGAGGGUGGGGCUGUACGUGGACGUGGAGGAGGGGCAGGUUUCCUUCUACGAUGUGCUGGAGAGAAGCCACAUCUACACCUUCAUGGACUCGUUCAGAGAGAAGCUCUUCCCCUUCUUCUACCUCUACUGCUGCGAUAAAGCCUCCGACGUUCUGAGAGUCUGCCCCCUGCUGGACUCCACCGGAACCAAGGUCGCCUGAGCAGAGACGCCAACGCCGCGUCUACGAUUCAUCCGAAGCUUUUAAGGAAUAAAAAUGUUGUGUUUAUAAUCUUUAGAAGGUUUGAGGUGUUUCUAAAUAAAAUAAAAUCAAUACUUUUGUUUUCUAACAACAAAGUGUAUACGCUGUACAUCCCAGGGACAUGCAGAAGGUGGAUUGGCUUGGAUUGUUGUUGCUGUUUUUUGGUUAAUUUAACAUACAGAAUAAAUCCAUAAAUCUUUGAUCAUUGAUGAGGUGGUAAAUAAAGAGUAACGAUGCUGUAAA